AUGGGCGCCCAGUGCACCUGCCUGGACAGCACUGCCCUCAAAGGACGGACAGCUUCCUCUACAGAGAAAUUGAAAAACCACAAGAUCAUCUUUGUUGUAGGGGGGCCCGGCUCGGGGAAGGGGACCCAGUGCGAAAGGAUCGUCCAGAAGUAUGGCUACACGCACCUGUCCACCGGCGACCUCUUGCGCGCAGAGGUCAGCUCCGGCUCGGACCGGGGGAAGAAGCUGUCGGCUAUCAUGGAGAAGGGAGAGCUGGUCCCUCUGGACACGGUUCUGGACAUGCUGAGGGACGCCAUGGUGGCCAAGGCGGGCGUCUCCAAGGGCUUCUUGAUUGACGGCUACCCCCGGGAGGUGAAACAGGGGGAAGAAUUCGAGAAGAAGAUCGCGGCCCCCACGUUGCUGCUGUACGUGGACGCUGGGAAAGACACCAUGGUGAAGCGCCUGCUGAAGCGGGGCGAGACCAGCGGCCGGGUGGAUGACAACGAGGAGACCAUCAAGAAGCGCCUGGACACAUACUACAAGGCCACCGAGCCCGUCAUCGCCUUCUACGAGAAGAGGGGCAUCGUCCGCAAGCUCAACGCCGAAGGCACGGUGGACGACGUCUUCCAGCAAGUCUGCACGCACCUGGACGCCCUGAAGUGAAGCGCAACGGCCGGGUGUGUGAGGGCAGGCGGGCGCACGGGCGGGGGCUCUCCAAAGUAAAGGAGUUCCAUUUUAUGACUCGA